AUGUUCCUUCAUACCGCACCUUCUUGUAUUAUAAUCACCCUCCUCUCUCUGGUCUCUACACAGACUACCGCCCGACCCCUUACGCUCGUUACAAGAAAUACUCCUCCAAGCGAUGUUUCAGAACUCCAUAUCGCAACUGUCAACAUAAAGAAUAGCAAUAUCGCUGAUCCGAAUGCCGACCCGGACAGUCCGUGGUCCGAGAAGGGCUGGGACGACCGCAAGACGCGUCUUGUAGAUGCACUCUUAUCCACCGGGCCGCUCGACAUCUGGGGAGCCCAGGAAGUGCUCAACAACCAAUUGAACGACCUCGACGGGCUUGUGGGCGAUACUUUUGCUCAUGUUGGUGUUGGGCGGGAUGAUGGGCAAGAAGCUGGAGAGUAUAGUCCGAUCUUUUAUGAUUCUUCCAAGUUUGACAUUGUCAGGUGGAACACUACUUGGUUGUCGGAAACUCCGGACACCCCUGGAUCUAUCGGCUGGGAUGCAGACUUGACUCGUAUCGCAACCCUCCUCACGCUCAAAUACAAAGCCGGCGCUCAAGAAGGCCAGCUCGUACACGCUUUCAACACCCAUUACGACAAUGCUGGCACCGAAGCUCGCGCCCAAAGCAGCUUGUUGCUCCGGGCGACAAUCUAUCAAUGGGUGCAAGACGUUGAGCAGUCUGAGGGAGCUCGUGGGGAUGCGCCUGUGGUCUUCUUUGGCGACUUUAACUCUCCACCAGAGGAAGACGGUUACAAAAACAUGGUUUCCACCGACCCCCUCCCCAACGGUAACGCCUCCUACACCUUCCUCGACACCUACACCCACCUCCUCACCUCCAACUCUUCCUCCUCCAGCACCUACGGUACUCCCCAAACCCGUCCCUAUGGCCCCGAACACACUUACACAGGGUUCGAAGCCCCAGGCUACAACAUGACCAAACGCAUCGACUUUGUGCUCGUCGGUGCGGAGCUUGAUGGGGCGCAGAGUGGGAGUGGGGAGGGGAGGGGUGGGUGGGAGGUGGUGAGGUAUGGGGUGGUGGAUAAUUAUGUGGAGGGGGAUAGGGAUGGGUUUGAUGCGCGGUGGAGCGAUCAUAGGGCUGUGAGGGCUACUAUUGCCAAGCAGACUUAG